CGUGGCCACUGCGCAUGCGGACCCCCGCCGUGGGGCUGUACUGGGGGGGAGCGCGAAGCACGGACCCCGCCCCUUCGCGGCUCCACGCGUGACGUCGCGGGGGGCGCCGGCCUCCGCCCGGCUCCGAGCGAUACUCUUUCAUCAGGCUGUCGCUUCUUGCGUGGGAGAGAGCACCCCACUUGGAAGCAGGAGGAGGAUUUCAGACCUUGGCUCUACCACUGCUAUGUUAAAGUCCGCGAGCCUCAGUUUCCCCCACGGUGCUUUUGCCUGGCCUCAUCUGGUUUUGAGGAUCAUUAUGACACAGAGAAGGAGAAAGGAAGUGGGACAUUUGUUGAGUUCCUGCACCGCCGAAUACCAUGCAGACUGCUUUAUCUGCCACAUUUAAUCCUCAUUACUUGGUGUUCUUAGAACUCCCAUUUCACAGAUUCUUAAGCUCACAGAGAGGUUGCCUGACUUGGUUUUACAUAGCCAGCUCUCUGUGGAGGCCCAGACACCUCUCUUCCUCAUGGGUGACUGCCAGGCGGGGCACAACCUGCAUCUGUGUCUGGCCCACCACCCACCUCUGGUCUGUGCCACCUUGAUCCUGCUGCUGCUUGGCCUCUCCGGCCUGGGCCUUGGCAGCUUCCUCCGCACCCACAGGACUGGCCUGCGCAGCCCUGACAUCCCUCAGGACUGGGUCUCCUUCUUGAGAUCUUUUGGCCAGCUGACCCUGUGCCCUGUGAAUGGGACAGUCACAGGGAAGUGGCAAGGGUCUCACGUCGUGGGCUUACUGACCACCUUGAACUUCGCAGAAGGUCCAGACAGGAACAAGACACAGACAUUCCAAACCAAGAUCCUGGGUAGUCAGAUGGGAUUGAAAGGAUCUUCUGCAGGACAGCAGGUCCUCAUCACAGCCAGGGUGACCACAGAAAAGACCCCAGGAAUCUGCCUGUAUUUUAGUGCUGUUCCAGGAAUUCUGCCCUCCAGCCAGCCACCCAUAUCCUGCUCAGAGGAGGGAGCAGGAAAUGUUACCCUAAGCCCUAGGAUGGGUGAGGAGUGUGUCAGGGUCUGGAGCCACGAAGGCCUCGUGCUCACCAAGCUGCUCACCUCGGAGGAACUGGCUCUAUGUGGGUCCAGGCUGCUGGUCUUGGGCUCCUUCCUGCUUCUCUUCUGUGGCCUUCUCUGCUGUGUCACUGCUUUGUGCUUCCACCCACGUCGGGAGUCCCACUGGUCUAGAACCCGGCUCUGAAGGCACUGGCCUACUUCCUGCCUUGUUCUCAGGUUUGAAUCAACUUCUGGGCUUUGUUUCUAUGUUGGAAGAAUGUUACAGAAAGUGAAGAGCUGGAAUGUGAGGGAAAUAAAAGGCUUUUUUUGCCC